UAGAGUCAACACACCGGGGAAAGAUGGCGGUCGAGGGUCGGCUGCUGCCCUGGGUCUGGCAGAACUCGGGGUUAUUGGGCUGAAGUGGCAGCAGCUGCGGCCCAGGCCCCGUCUGCGGGGGCGUGGAGCGGAUAAAGAUCUACCGGCUGCGGGCCUUUAUAAACGGACUAAUGCUGGGCGGAAAAGAAUUGUGGUUGUUGAUGACGAGGACAGACGCCGGGCCUCAGGAGUCACCCGAACUGGAGUUCGAAUCUUGUUCGCUUGCAGUGUGACCUUGGAAAAAAAACAAGCUCCACUGAAGCAAGAAGCUGCCCUCAGCUAUGAGCUCGGUGCAAGAUCACUCAUGAUUACCCAGCUUUUCUGCAGCACAGGCAGAUCCUCAGUGAUCUAAACAGCUCCUCGCAUGUUCCUGGCAGGGUUUGUGCAAGGUGGCAAACAUGUUCACCGUAUCUCAGACCUCGAGAGCAUGGUUCCUCGACAGAGCCCGUCAGGCACGAGAGGAGAGGCUCGUGCAGAAGGAGCGGGAGGGGGCGGCCGUGGAUAUCCAGGCCCACGUCCGGAGCUUCCUCUGUCGGCGUCGACUACAGAGAGACAUCAGGAGAGAGAUCGAUGAGUUUUUUCAAGCAGAUGACUCUGGGUGCAGUAAAAGAAGCGCACUUUGUAUUUUUAAGAUUGCCAGGAAACUUCUGUUCUUAUUCAGAAUUCAAGAAGAUAAUGAGAGAUUCGAGAAGUUGUGUCGUUGCAUCCUGAGCAGCAUGGAGGCUGAGCAUGAGCCUAAGGUGUGGUAUGUGUCCUUGGCUCUUUCCAAGGAUCUCACCCUCCUGUGGAUUAAACAGAUCAAGACCAUUCUGUGGUAUUGCUGCCAAUUUCUGAACCAGCUCAAGCCCGAAAUCUUGCAGGACUCCAGACUCAUCACGCUGUACCUCACGAUGCUCGUCACCUUCACAGACACUUCAACGUGGAAAAUCCUCCGGGGAAAAGGUGAGAAUCUUCGGCCUGCCAUGAACCACAUUUGUGCAAACAUAAUGGGACAUCUUAACCAGCGUGGAUUUUAUUCUGUGCUUCAGGUGUUGCUAACCCGUGGCCUGGCAAGACCCCGGCCGUGCCUGUCCAAAGGCACGCUAACAGCAGCCUUUUCUCUCGCAUUGCGCCCUGUGGUUGCUGCACAGUUCUCAGACAAUCUGCUCCGCCCCUUCCUCAUCCACAUCAUGUCCGUGCCUGCUCUCGUGACCCAUCUCAGCACAGUGACGCCUGAGCGCCUCACGGUUUUAGAAUCUCAUGACAUGCUUCGUAAAUUCAUCCUGUUUUUAAGAAAUGAAGACCGAUGCCGUGACGUGUGUGAAUGUUUAGAAGGAUGCCACACGCUUUGUCUGAUGGGCAACCUCCUGCACCUGGGCUCUCUCAGCCCCCGAGUGCUGGAGGAGGAGACCGACGGCUUUGUGAGUCUGCUCACCCAGAUGCUGUGCUACUGUCAGAAGUACGUGUCCCAGAAGAAGUCCAACCUUACCCACUGGCACCCUGUCCUGGGCUGGUUCUCCCAAUCCGUGGAUUAUGGCCUUAACGAGUCAAUGCACUUGAUCACCAAGCAGCUGCAGUUCCUGUGGGGGGUGCCUCUGAUCCGGAUCUUCUUCAGCGACAUUCUCAGCAAGAAACUGCUGGAGAACCAGGAGCCAGCCCACGCACAGCCAGCGUCCCCGCAGAAUGUCCUUCCAGUGAAGAGUCUCCUGAAGCGUGCGUUUCAGAAGUCCGCAUCCGUCAGGAACAUCCUCAGGCCUGUCGGUGGUAAACGUGUCGACUCUGCUGAAGUCCAGAAGGUUUGCAACAUUUGCGUCCUCUACCAGACCUCGCUGACCACUCUGACCCAGAUCCGGCUGCAGAUACUCACAGGUCUCACUUACCUUGAUGACCUGCUGCCCAAACUGUGGGCUUUUAUCUGUGAGCUGGGGCCCCAUGGAGGGUUGAAGCUCUUCUUGGAAUGCCUGAACAAUGACACUGAAGAGUCCAAGCAGCUCUUGGCCAUGCUGAUGCUGUUCAGUGACUGCUCUCGCCACCUCAUCACGAUUCUUGAUGACAUUGAAGUUUAUGAAGAACAAAUUUCAUUCAAACUGGAAGAACUGGUCACCAUUUCCUCUUUUCUGAAUUCCUUUGUGUUCAAGAUGAUUUGGGAUGGAAUUGUAGAGAACGCCAAGGGUGAGGCUUUGGAGCUGUUCCAGUCCGUCCAUGGGUGGCUGAUGGUGCUCUAUGAACGGGACUGCCGGCGGCGCUUUGCCCCCGAGGACCACUGGCUGCGAAAGGAUCUCAAACCUAGCGUGCUCUUCCAGGAACUCGACAAGGACAGAAAACGGGCACAGUUGAUCCUGCAGUACAUCCCUCACGUCAUUCCUCAUAAAAACAGAGUUCUCCUGUUCCGAAACAUGGUCACCAAGGAGAAGGAGAAGCUGGGGCUUGUGGAGACCAGCUCUGCCUCCCCCCACGUCACUCACAUCACUAUCCGUCGGUCGCGGAUGUUGGAGGAUGGCUACGAGCAGCUGCGGCAGCUCUCCCAGCACGCCAUGAAGGGCGUGAUCCGUGUGAAGUUUGUCAACGACCUCGGCGUGGACGAGGCAGGGAUUGACCAAGACGGCGUCUUCAAGGAGUUCUUGGAAGAGAUCAUCAAGCGGGUGUUCGACCCGGCGCUCAACCUGUUCAAGACCACCAGCGGGGACGAGAGGCUGUACCCUUCGCCCACGUCCUACAUUCAUGAGAAUUAUCUGCAGCUCUUCGAGUUCGUGGGGAAGAUGCUCGGGAAGGCUGUGUACGAGGGCAUCGUGGUGGACGUGCCCUUCGCGUCCUUCUUCCUGAGCCAGCUGCUCGGCCACCACCACAGCGUCUUCUACAGCUCUGUGGAUGAACUUCCUUCCCUGGACUCAGAGUUCUAUAAAAACCUCACGUCCAUCAAGCGCUACGAUGGGGACAUCGCUGACCUGGGCCUGACUCUGUCUUAUGACGAGGACGUCAUGGGUCAGCUCGUUUGCCACGAACUGAUUCCUGGAGGGAAGACCAUUCCUGUUACAAAUGAAAAUAAGAUUAGCUACAUCCAUCUGAUGGCUCAUUUUCGAAUGCACACGCAAAUCAAAAACCAGACAGCUGCGCUCAUUAGCGGAUUCCGUUCUAUUAUCAAACCCGAGUGGAUCAGAAUGUUCUCAACCCCAGAGCUGCAGCGUCUCAUCUCUGGCGACAAUGCUGAGAUUGAUCUGGAAGAUUUAAAGAAGCACACGGUGUACUAUGGUGGUUUCCAUGGAAGUCACAGAGUCAUUAUCUGGCUCUGGGAUAUUCUGGCCUCUGACUUCACGCCUGAAGAACGAGCCAUGUUUCUGAAGUUUGUGACCAGCUGCUCCAGACCCCCGCUCCUGGGAUUCGCCUACCUCAAGCCUCCUUUCUCCAUCCGCUGUGUCGAAGUGUCGGAUGAUCAGGACACUGGGGACACCCUGGGCAGUGUCCUCCGGGGCUUCUUUACUAUCCGCAAGCGGGAGCCAGGUGGCCGGCUGCCCACCUCCUCCACCUGCUUCAACCUGCUCAAGCUGCCCAACUACAGCAAGAAAAGUGUCCUCCGGGAGAAGCUACGCUACGCCAUCAGCAUGAACACAGGCUUCGAGCUCUCCUAGCUCCUGGUCUGGACCUGUCCACCUAUCCUCGAGGGCUCCUGGGGUUCCAGGCCCCUUCAGCUCCCAGAGGUGGGGGUGACAUCGGCCCCUAGGUCCUCUUGAUAGCCAUGAGACUCCCCUGCAGCCUCAAGAAUUUUCGAUGCACCUGACAACACUAUGCAGCAUCCACUGGGUGAUGCUGACGGGAAGGAGCUGUUGAAAUAAACCUCCAGAUUCCUCCCACAUCGGUCCUUCUUUCCUGAAGCUCAGGCCUGGCAACUGCAGAGGGGCUUCUUUUUGAUAGUUUGGUCUUUUCAUGACUCUUUCCUUACCCCCAUGAGUGAGCUGCAUAUGAACAAGUCCCAGGGACUCAGAGUGGUUUUCAUGACGUGGGUCUGAGUGCACGAAGCCUGCUACGCGUGAGUCUCUCCUUCCGUUUCUGAAAACUCUUUACUCAGGUAAGGCCUUGCCAAGCCACUAUGCACCCGACAAAGCCUCUGCCUCCGUCCCAUUCACAGCAGCCCCUGCCCAGACAGCCAUGGCCGCUGCUGCCCUGGCAAGCCAAGGCACCGGCUGGGGAGGUUGCAGAACACUGAAGUCCAGGGCCCCGCUGCCCCCUCGAAGCCACACGUUCCACACAGCAGCCGCUCCCCUUGCUGAGUCUUCACCCGGCCAAGCUGCCAGGGAGCCUCCUGGCUGGUUCCCAUCCUAUGCGUUCACAUUGGCAUCCUGGUUUGGGAGAGAAAUCCCUGGGCCCUUAAGAGCAGCUGUUUCCAGAGCCCACUGUUCCCAAAGGGGCAGCUGCCUCUCCCCUGCUGGUUAGCUCCUAGAACGAACACGAGCCCAAGGUACCUGGCCCGCCUGGGCAGUGGCUUUCCUCUGCACCUUGCAAAAUCCCAAGACCCUUGUGUCCUGCCUCCUGUCCUUCCUCACACAGGGAAGCGGGAGCCUUGCACUGACAGAGGUUCACGAGGUGAAGGAACAUAUUCUCUGGGUUGGUUUUCUGCUCCUUUCUUUACAUUUUUUUAAAUGUUUUUUCUCCCAACCCAUCGUGAUGCUCUGCCCUAAUUUUUCACCUUUACCAUGAGACCUUUACCAGCAAUCCAGGUAACUGAGGCAAAGGCCCACGGAGCAGUCUGUGCGGACCACCAUCCACCCUCUCCCACCUCACCAUGCUCUUUUUGCAUCCCCUCUUCCAAGAUCCAAGCCAGGAGUGCCUGGUUCCUCCUCUGCUCUUUGGGCCAGCUUAGGCACAGGGCUCCUUAAAUCAGCUGCCUUCCAGGCAAGACCUAGCUCCCUGGCCGCCUCGGAGGGUUUCAGCUGGGUCCUAGUUCCCCCUUGGCUUAGAGCCCCUGGACUUCUGGAGACAAGAGUAUAUUCUUUACUUUGAAGGAAAGAUGGCAAGGAAUUUGAAAACAGGAGUUUAUUAAUAUGCUUACUGUUCAAGAUUUGUUAGUAGCCAAUGACCUCUCUGGGGACUUGCCACUUUCUUUAAAUGCUGGAUUACUUUGAAGAUUUCUUCUGAACAUGUGUGCACGCACUGAGCAGGCUUGUACGUAUAUGCUGGGGCCUAAGUGACUGUCAACCACACGAGGAAGAGUGACACCAUCUUGAUUUUUAUUACCCGAGUAUCAGAGCUGGUGGGGGACUGUGGUGAAGAAAGUGGUUUAUAAGCACCAGUAUCAACUUGACCUGUGGUUUUGGUGUUUGCUUUUAUUUGACGAGGAGGGGUAGUUUGUAAUUUCAUUUAAAUGAAUUCUUUUUCACCAGUUGGAGAUAUUGCACUAUCUAAAACACUGAACCUGUACAUGUAUAGCUGGUGUUCACACACACCUUGAUGGCUCUUGAUGGCACUAAGAAGUCGUGAGGUUUUCAUUUUGUUUUUGUAGAUAACUUAUGGAUUAAGACAUGACUGAAGGCUUUAUUAAAUUUGUACAUCAGCACACAA